AUGGACCCCAAAAGACAGAAGCUUGAACCAUCCACCAUGAAGAUCUGCACCCAUCUGGGCCUGUUCCACGCCGAUGAGGCCUUGGCUGUUUACAUGUUAAAGCUUUUGCCCAAAUUCCAGGGCUCUUCGCUCGUGAGACUGAGAAAGCCUGAGGACUGGGAAGCCUCUGAUAUCGUGGUUGAUGUUGGUGGAAAAUACGACAAGGGCACCAAAUGGUUUGACCACCACCAGCGUGAGUUCAACGAGACUUUUUCGCUGAAGUACAACACCAAGCUCUCGAGUGCUGGUUUGAUUUACAAGCACUUUGGUAAGGACAUCAUCCAGGAGACGCUCAAGCUUGAGAAGCCAUCUACCAUCGACUUGCUCUACCAGAAGGUGUACAAGGAGUUUGUCGAGGCUGUCGACGCCAACGACAACGGUAUCAACAACUACCCUGGCGAUGUCGAGAAGAAGUUCAACGACAAGAACUUGGCCCUUCCUGCUAUCGUCAGUCAGUUGAACCCAAGAUGGAACACCAACCCUACCGACGCCGACUACGAUGCUGCUUUUGAAAAGGCUAGCGACUUGAUGGGUACGUGUUUCUUAAACCUUCUCAAGGGCUACGGUGAGUCCUGGUUACCUGCUAGAGACAUUGUUGAGGCUGCUUUUGACUCUCGUUACGAUGUGCACCCUAGCGGUGAAAUCAUCGUUCUCGAGCAGUUCUGCCCAUGGAAGGAGCACUUGUAUGCUAUCGAGAAGGAGAAGUCCGCUCAGGGUGCCAUCAAGUUUGUGCUUUUCGCUGACUCCAGCACCAAAUGGCGUAUUUCCACUGUUUCUGUGACCUCCACCAGUUUCGAAUUCCGUUUCGGUCUUCCGGAGCCAUGGCGUGGUGUCAGAGACGAGGAGCUUUCGAAAUUGACCGGUGUUAACGGUUGUAUUUUUGUUCACGCUGCUGGCUUCAUUGGUGGCUGCGAAACCAAGGAAGGUGUCUUGCAGCUUGCCAAGUUGGCCUUGGAGCACAAGAAGUAG